GUUGAAUUUUUGUUGGCAGCAAUGGAGUGGUGAGAGGUGUGGCAAGUUUACGACAAAGUCAGUGUUUUGAUCAUUUAUAAACAAAAUUUUUGUUAGUGUAGAUUAACUUUUAAUUUCUCUUCCAACGCUAAACGAAUAAUCAGCAAUGUCUGUCGAUAAACAGGAAUAUCAUAGAGCAUCGAAUGCGGUAGUAUUCGGUGGACUGAUUACAUAUAUUGCUGGUUUGUUGUUGGUAAUGGCAUUUACAAGUCCUUACUGGAUCGAGUCUUAUCAAGAAACAUUCAGUAGUUUUAAACAUAUGGGUCUAUGGGAAUAUUGUUUCGAACAAUUCAGAUAUCCUUACUAUCAAUUUGACAAACAAUUCGACGGAUGUCAUCACAUUUUUUCAGAGGAAUAUUAUGUGAUUCGUGAAUGGUUAUUACCAAUAUGGCUAUUAGUAGUGCAAACUUUUGUCACACUUGCCCUGUUACUGUCCUUCUAUGGACAAGUUUUGAUAGCUUUAAUCUUAGUUCGUUGGCCAUUGAAAUUUGUAUUGAAGAAUGAAUGGCUUAUCUCUGCAGGUGCCUUUUUGUGCUGUGCAGGUGCAGGUACAUUAUUGUUCUUAGCUGUAUCAAUAUUUGGAGGACAAUGCUGGCGCAGGGAUUGGUUGAUGUAUCCAAACUUUAAUCACUUAUCUUGGUCAUACGCAUUAGCUGUUAUUUCAUUUAUGUUUCACUGGCUAGCCGCAUUUUUCCUAUACUUGGACGCCAAAGCUGGCCACAGAAUGCACAGAGAAUCUCGUAAUUUGGUGAUGCAGAUGCAGCCGAAUCCGCAGUCGCACCAAGGGUUGCAAAGAGGCGGAUAUAUAUAAUUAAGUCUCCCGAUCGUAGAGUACACAAAGUAUAUGAUUUAUGCACAGCGAAUCGAAAAUUGAGAUCUGCUUUCAAAGUUACUCUACACGAUAUUAUUGUGUAACUGUGUUCACGCGAAUAUCUUUAGUGAUACUAUUUAACUCCGUCCAUUUAUUUUGUUUCUUUUGUAAGAAUUUACAUAGUAGAGACCAAGAGAACUGUUUUAUAUCAUAGUUUUGUACAUGCUAUUUUAAAGGAAUUAUAUUCUAUUCUAUCGUCGCGGACGUCUGUGUACGCAGAGGUUCUAUAAGAAGUUACUGAGAUCGUGAUAUCAAGUUUUAUAUAUUGUUGACUAUUUGAAAAGUACGAUCGAUCACACACGAGAAUGACAGUCCAAUAAUCGAGCGAAGAAAGGAUUAUGAAGCGAUUAAAAAGGCGUUAUUACUCACCUGGAAUUUUCGAGUGCGUCGCCAAGUCCAGAACGUAUUUAACCGUGUCCAAAGGUAGAUUCCCGUCGAGAACAAUGAAGCUAGCGUUUUCCACGUGCGUCCGAUAUUUCUUCACGAAACUGGGACUGAUGUUGGCGAAGACGUCCAUCUCGCCGAUCACGAAACGGCACUCGCCUUUGUAGUCGAUUAUCACGGUACAUCUCGAAUGAUAAAAUUCAAAGAAAUAUAUUCAUCUGAUAAGAGA